UUCAGUCCCUGAAUGCAGCUGGAGUAGCCUUGCCAAUCUAGACCCGGAACCCGUGUACACACACAUACACGUACACGCGCGCACACACGCGCGCACACAUGCACACGCGCUGGCACACACGCACUUCGGUUCUUCUCCCCCCUCCCCCCGGGGACACAGCUGAGACCUUUAUCUACCUGAAGUGGAUGCCCCGGCGGGACACUUCUUCACUUGUUCCAGAGGGCACAAGAAUAUCGGAACACGGAAGGCUCUCUGUCCAGUCUGCAACCUCACGCCUUUUACCACCGCCGCCGCUUAAAGUGUCCAGGGUGGAGAAGGCUUCUCCAGGACGGAUGCUCCUCAGCCGUGGGACUUCCUCCAGCUGGCUCACUCCAGUCUUUACCUCGGUCCUCUGUUCCUUCCUUUCCUCUCCCUCUGCGGGGUGGAAGGCUCAGGCUCCUCCAGGGCUGCAACCGCCGCAACUGUCUUUGCGAGCACAUCCCACCCAGAAGACCGAACACUGCCGGAGUGCCCGGAGCUGGGCGAAACCCUAACUUGCCUGCCUGCUCGGUCGCUCUCCCUAAGACUCUCCAUCCUCCGGGCCGAGGACUGGUGCGAGAGCCGCCGCAAUCAGCCUGGGAGAGUGCAGCGCCCGGGAGGACGCAAGAGCCGCAGGCGCACAGGGGCGGGGGCAGCCUAUGCCCGGGCACCCGGUGCCAGUCCGACGAGUAGCGUGCACCCUGCGAGCGGCAAGCUCCCCAAGUUGGGCGCGUCCCAGAGCUGGUUGCCCCGCGAAUCACAGCUGGUGUCCGGAGAGAGGCGGGGCUGCUGGGGGUCGUCGCGGCCGUCGCCAGCCACCAGAGCUUGUCUCUAGAGAACCCGGGCUGGCCUCCCUAGGGUCCCAGCCGGCGUUGCGCCCUCCGCCCGCGUGCGCUCUCCGAUGACUGCGCUGGCGGUGGCCCGGGUGGCCCGCCCGCUGGGGGUGUCGGAGGGGGCGGGGGAAGAGGAGGAGGCGGUGUGAUGAUGGCCCUGGACGGCGAGAGGGGGGAGCAAGAGGAGGAGAAGAAAAAGAAGAAGAAGAAAAAGAAGAGGAAGAAGAAGGAGGAGGAGGGGGCCGAGAAGAGCAGCUCACCCUUUGCAGCUACCAUGGGAGAAGACGACGCCGCGCUCCGGGCAAGCGGCAGGGGGCUCUCGGACCCGUGGACUGACUCGGUGGGAGUGAGACCCCGCACCACGGAGCGCCACAUCGCGGUACACAAGCGGCUUGUGCUGGCCUUUGCCGUGUCCAUCGUGGCACUAUUGGCGGUCACCAUGCUGGCCGUACUGCUCAGCCUGCGCUUCGACGAGUGUGGAGCCAGCGCGGCGGUGCCGGGCUCCGACGGUGGCCCCGGGGGCUUCCCUGAGCGCGGCGGCGGCAACGGCAGCCACCCAGGAUCUGCCCGGCGCAACCACCACUCUGGUGGGGAAUCCUCGCAGCGCGAGACCGGGGAGGUGGACACCCCCGGGACCCCGUCUGCCCUGCCGCCGUCGGAGGAAGAGUCAGAGCAGUGGCAGCCUUGGACGCAGUUGCGCCUAUCCGGCCACCUCAAGCCACUGCACUACAAUUUGAUGCUCACCGCCUUCAUGGAGAACUUCACCUUCUCUGGGGAGGUCAACGUGGAGAUCGCGUGCCGGAACGCCACCCGCUACGUUGUGCUGCACGCCUCCCGGGUAGCGGUGGAGAAGGUGCAAGUAGCGGAGGACCGUGCUUUUGGGGCUGUCCCGGUAGCAGGCUUUUUCCUCUACCCACAAACCCAGGUCUUGGUGGUGGUGCUGAAUAGAACCCUGGACGCGCAGAGGAAUUACAACCUAAAGAUUAUCUACAAUGCCCUGAUAGAGAACGAGCUCCUAGGCUUCUUCCGCAGCUCCUACGUGCUCCACGGGGAGAGAAGAUUCCUUGGUGUUACUCAGUUCUCACCUACGCAUGCCAGGAAGGCGUUCCCGUGUUUCGAUGAGCCAAUCUACAAGGCUACUUUCAAAAUCAGUAUCAAGCAUCAAGCCACCUACUUGUCUCUAUCCAACAUGCCAGUGGAGACGUCUGUGUUUGAGGAAGACGGAUGGGUAACAGACCACUUUUCGCAGACCCCUCUCAUGUCCACGUAUUAUUUAGCCUGGGCGAUUUGCAACUUCACAUACCGAGAAACUACUACCAAGAGUGGGGUUGUCGUCCGAUUAUAUGCAAGACCCGAUGCUAUCAGAAGAGGAUCCGGGGACUAUGCUCUCCACAUUACAAAGAGAUUAAUAGAAUUUUAUGAAGACUACUUUAAAGUGCCCUAUUCUUUGCCAAAACUAGAUCUUUUAGCUGUGCCUAAGCAUCCAUACGCUGCUAUGGAGAACUGGGGACUAAGUAUUUUUGUGGAACAAAGGAUACUGCUGGACCCCAGCGUUUCAUCUAUUUCAUAUCUGCUGGAUGUCACCAUGGUCAUUGUUCACGAAAUAUGUCACCAGUGGUUCGGUGAUCUCGUGACUCCGGUAUGGUGGGAAGAUGUCUGGUUGAAGGAAGGCUUUGCCCACUACUUUGAAUUUGUGGGCACGGAUUACCUUUAUCCUGGCUGGAACAUGGAAAAGCAGAGGUUUCUGACAGAUGUUCUGCAUGAAGUGAUGCUGCUGGACGGCUUGGCCAGUUCCCAUCCAGUAUCACAGGAAGUGCUACGGGCAACAGACAUCGACAGAGUGUUCGACUGGAUCGCAUACAAAAAGGGGGCUGCUUUAAUUAGAAUGCUGGCUAAUUUUAUGGGCCAUUCGGUUUUUCAGAGGGGUUUGCAAGAUUAUUUAACUAUUCACAAGUAUGGCAAUGCAGCCAGAAAUGAUCUCUGGAAUACAUUAUCAGAGGCUUUAAAAAGGAAUGGAAAAUACGUGAAUAUACAAGAAGUAAUGGACCAGUGGACACUCCAGAUGGGAUACCCUGUUAUCACCAUCCUGGGAAACAUGACAGCAGAAAAUAGAAUAAUUAUCACCCAACAACAUUUCAUUUAUGACAUCAGUGCUAAAACCAAAACACUCCAACUUCAAAAUAAUAACAGUUACCUGUGGCAGAUUCCAUUAACCAUUGUGGUAGGAAAUAGAAGCCAUGUGUCUUCAGAAGCAAUUAUUUGGGUGUCUAACAAAUCAGAACAUCACAGAAUAGCACACUUGGACAAAGGAAGCUGGAUCCUCGGAAACAUCAAUCAAACGGGCUACUUUCGAGUUAACUAUGACCUAAGGAACUGGAGAUUACUGAUUGACCAAUUAAUCAGGAACCAUGAGGUGCUUUCCGUCAGUAACCGUGCAGGCUUGAUCGAUGAUUCCUUCAGCCUUGCCAGGGCAGGCUAUUUGCCUCAGAAUAUUCCCCUGGAGAUUAUCAGAUACCUGUCUGAGGAGAAGGAUUUUCUUCCUUGGCAUGCUGCCAGCCGAGCUCUCUAUCCUCUGGAUAAAUUACUGGACCGCAUGGAGAACUACAAUGUCUUCAACGAAUAUGUUUUAAAACAAGUUGCAACAACGUAUAUCAAGCUUGGAUGGCCAAAAAAUAACUUCAAUGGAUCUCUCGUUCAGGCGUCCUACCAACACGAGGAACUGCGGAGAGAAGUGAUCAUGCUGGCAUGCAGCUUCGGGAACAAACACUGCCACCAGCAGGCAUCCACACUGAUUUCCGACUGGAUUUCCAGCAACAGGAACAGAAUACCACUGAAUGUUCGAGACAUCGUUUACUGCACAGGGGUAUCGUUGCUGGAUGAGGAUGUCUGGGAGUUCAUCUGGAUGAAGUUCCACUCCACCACUGCAGUUUCGGAGAAGAAGAUCCUACUGGAGGCUCUAACUUGCAGCGAUGAUAGGAAUUUACUAAAUAGGCUUCUAAAUCUGUCUUUGAAUUCUGAGGUGGUGUUGGAUCAAGAUGCAAUUGAUGUCAUAAUUCAUGUAGCCAGAAAUCCACAUGGUCGAGAUCUUGCCUGGAAGUUUUUCAGAGACAAAUGGAAAAUACUAAAUACCAGGUAUGGAGAAGCCUUAUUCAUGAAUUCCAAACUUAUCAGUGGAGUUACAGAAUUUCUUAAUACAGAAGGGGAGCUUAAAGAGCUAAAGAACUUCAUGAAGACCUACGAUGGCGUAGCCUCUGCCUCAUUCUCACGAGCUGUGGAAACCGUGGAAGCCAAUGUGCGCUGGAAAAGGCUUUAUCAAGAUGAGCUGUUCCAAUGGCUGGGAAAAGCCAUGAGGCACUAAUAUGUAUCACCUGUUGGAACUCAACUCAGAAUUUUGAGAGGACCUGCUUUCUGUGGAAUAAAGAGGCUAGCCAGAAUUUCAGCGAUAAUGUGUGGGAGGAUGUUUUGUUGUCGUUGGUUUGGGUGGUGGUUAUUUUUCUUUGUCCCAUUCUCUCAACAUUUGUUUCUCUACUGGAUGUUCCUCUGUAUAGAAACUCUCGCAAGCAUCAGCUUUCCCUGGCUACUUCAGCUCUACAUCCCUUGCUGUUCAGGACCAAAUAUGAUAGUGGUGCAUGUUGAUGUUGCAGUCCGUUUGGAAAAUCAGAAUAUUUUGUGCAUGGAUAUAUGGUUCUGCCCUGUGUUCCAGCAUGCUUAUUUAACAUGUCCGAUGUUGUGUGUGAAUAUAUGUACAUCCAGGAUGGGCAUUAUGCGAAAGCACAAAGAUUAUCUACGACAAUCAGUGUUGCAGUGCAAGGGACAACUUCAGAAGGGAAUUCUACUCUCAGCCAUGGACAACAGAGAGAUAAAGUGGCUCUCUAAACAGUCUGUGUUAUUUGUUUCAACACUUGGAUUGUCUGACAACGAUGAUUGUGUUGCUAACUCAUUUUCUUUGAGUGACAGCUGUGUAUACACUUGCAAAGAUGUAUAGAUAGUAUGUACAUGUUCAUAUGUACAUAAGGAAGCUCCAUAUGUAUAUAAUAUGUUGUACAUGCACCUGUGUGAAGAAUAUCCCCAUAUGAAAGGAAAUUUAACUCUUUUUUAUAAAUGUGUGGACACUUGGAAAAGGCUUCAUAUAAUUUUUCUCAAUACUACCCUUCCUACUUUAUAACUCACUUUCUUAACUGCUUUUUCAUCUAUGUCCUGAAGAAUGAUCUAUUCAACUACAUGAAGAUGAGUCCUAACAAAAUAUAUAUGUAAGCUAACGACUCUAUAAAUUCUCUUAAUCUGUGUCAGCCAUUCACCAACUUUUGUCAUUAUUUUGAUCAACAUUCCUCUUGCAUAUACCAAUUUUGUGUAUAGUUAGAAUGAUUGGUACUAAGAAAGUGUUUAUUUAUAGCUUCUUUGUCUUUCUUAUCUUACAUAGUGCAGAGUUAAAUUCUCUCUGUGUGUUGAUCUUUUUGGGUGUAUAGCUCCUAUCCUCCAUUAAGCAACCAUACCUCAACAGGUCUGUUAGCAUUAAGGACCUUUUAUGCCAGUUGUGCCCUCCCUGAAGACACAAAGUCGCUUUUAUGCUGUGUUAAUGUACAAAUUUUGGGGGAAUUAACGAUCCUGUUCUACCAGGAAAUUUUGAAGAGCCAUUUCCAUGGCUGUGUAUAACGCAAUUAUAUUUCAGUGGUUUUUCUCACCCAGUAGGCCAGUUACUUGCUUCAGAUUUAACAUACUUUAAAUUUGGCAUUGUAAAAUACUGUUUACAAUCACUAUAAUUGGGUCAACCGUUGUGAAACUACUUUCUAUUUUCCUGUGGUGUUCAGCUCUUCCAAAUAUUGAAAAUCACUGAAAUGAUGGGUUCAGAGACCAUUACUCACUGCUGGGGAAAAUAUUUAUAAAACAGGAAUCCUAAAACUUUUUUGUUCAUAGAAAUGAAUAUCAAUUUUCCAAUCCAUAGACUAAGUUACAACUAAAUUUGAGUCCUAUCAAAUAAGCAAUUAAUGCCUAUUUCUUACACUUACAAUUUUUAACACUUCAUUCAAUCAAAAUACAUGAAUUUUAAGUACUAUAUGGUGUUAAAGAGUCAUGGCCAUGCUUAAUGUGGAACCUGAAAUUUAGGUUACCACUUGGAAGUGAGCAAGUUCUAAAACAUAAUGCUCAUAAAUAGUAUACGGUCACAAAGGCCCCAAAUAUCCCGUCAUACCACUGAUAAAUUCAUCCCUGGAAUAGAGCUGACCCAGGUAGACAUGUGUGAUAUUUUUUGUUUCCCAAAGUAAUGAAAAUUCAGAGUAAUGGCUUUUUUUAUUAUUUUAAGUUAGUCAUCAUUUCAAACUUUGAAUUUUGUGGCUUUCUUAAUUCUUUUUCCUCCCCACUGUUAGUAGUCAUAAUCCUCUUUUGGUAUUUUAGUGGCCUUGAACACAACUGGUUUAGCUAUGAUCUAAAUCCUCAGUGUAUACUUAUGUGCAAUGUUUAUACCUCAUAUAAUACUUGUUCAACAGUAUAGUGGUACCAAUGGCAUUGAGAUUGCAUUUUUGCUCUACACAUUUCUUUUUCAGUUAUUUAACCUUUUCAAUGUUGAAAUUAUAUUGGGCUUUAAAGGUUUUUUUUAGUUGUUUAAAUAAGUAAUAUUUUCAAAAUAAUAAAAUAACCAAUGAUAUCUCUUGGAAUAUUAUGUAAAAUGUAGCUAUAAAAUUAUAUUUUCUACUUAGAGUUUUUAUCUUUCUCUCUUGUGUGUUUUACAAAUCAAUUAUCUACAUGAAAUAACAACAUAUAGAAAAUUUUCGUCAUCUGGUCUCAAAAAUUUCCUGUGCCAAUAUAUGUAUAACAGUAAAACUUUGUUUUAAUUAGAAAAUACUAGGUUAUAUGCCAUUUUGGGUAUUCAUUAUUGCCAGGUAACUUGUAAAUAAAAUGUUUUCCCCAGUUUUA